AUGGGUACAACUGCCAGCACAGCUCAGCAAACAGUCUCAGCAGCUACGUUUGAGAACGUUCACGGCAACGGGACCAUGGAGGACCGCCACUCGCUUAGCAUCCACUCCUGCCAGACGGUUGGCCUCCACAACAACAAAGCCAAGUCCAUCAUCACCAACAAGGUGGCACCUGUUGUCAUCACCUACAACUGCAAAGAGGAAUUUCAGAUUCAUGACGACCUGCUGAAGGCCAACUACACAGUGGGGCGGAUUUCAGAGACCACGUCGGAACACUACCUUGUACAGGGGAAAUAUUUUAUGGUCAGAGAUGUAUACAGUAAAUUAGAUGUCUUGAACACUACAGGCAGUUGUGGAGCUCCAAAUUUCCGACAGGCCAAAGGAGGGUACGAAGUGUUUGGAAUGGGACAGCCCAGUCUCAAUGGAUUCAAGCAGGUGCUGCAGAAACUCCAGAACGAUGGGCACAAGGAGUGCAUCUUCUUCUGUGUUCGUGAGGAGCCUGUUCUAUUUCUACGCAUGGAAAAUGACUUUGUGCCCUACACGCCAAGAGGAAAGGAGAACUUGCAUGAAAACCUGCACAGCCUGCAGAGAGGGGUCAAAGUGGACAACAUGGAGCUUGCAAUUCGGAAAGAGAUACAUGAUUUUGCUCAGCUGAGUGAGAACACAUACUACAUCUAUAAUGACAUUGAACACUUCAAAGAUGAGCCACACUCCGUGACCAUCCAGCGUGAAGAGGAUAUCCAUGUGAUGGAGGAGGUGUACAAGAGGCCUGUCUUCCUGCUGCCAUCUUACAGGUACCAUCGGCUGCCAUUGCCUGUGGAUGGGGCACCUCUAGAAGCACAGUUUGAUGCUUUCACCAAUUUCCUCAGGGAGAGUCCAAACCUGCUCCUGCUCCAGGACCCCAGCAGCCUGCCUCCUGCUUUACUCUUCAGCUGUCAGACUGGCGUUGGCAGGACUAACCUUGCCAUGGUCUUAGGCACUCUGGUGCUUUAUCAUCACAAGGGGGCAGCACAGAAACAAGACCUUCCACAUCCUGCUAAUACUUUCUCAAGGGACCGAUUUCGGGUUAUUCAGAACUUUAUUGACAUGGUACCAAAAGGCCAACAAAUCGUUGAGGAGGUGGAUAGUGCCAUUUCCUGCUGCUCUGAAAUGCAUGACAUGAAGGAAGCCAUCUAUGAGUAUAAGAAGAAAUUGGAAGGGAUUGGAGAAGAUUACCAGAUUCAGGGGAGCAGCACCAAAGAGUAUUUCCUUCAAAGGACUUUGCAGAGCCUUGAGCGCUAUUUCUACUUGAUUGCUUUCAAUUACUACCUUCAUGAGCAGUACCCCUUGGCCUUUGCCCUCAACUUCAGCAGAUGGAGGUGUGGGCACCCAGAGCUGUACAGGCUGCAGAUGAACAUGAACCUGUCAGAGCUCACAGUGACGGGGGAACUGAUAACAAAGGGGACGCGAGUGCUAGUGGUGGAUGAGCGUUUCUCCCCAGAUGUGCUCAGCACUGUCAAGGAAAUGAGGGUAGCCAACUUCCGGAGGGUCCCCAAGAUGCCUGUGUAUGGGAUGGCACAGCCCAACUCCAAGGCUAUUGGAAGUGUGCUAAGCUACCUAACUGAUGCAAAGAGGAAGUACUCCCACAUCACCUGGAUAAACCUCCGUGAAGAAGUGGUGCUGGAAGGAAAUGAACAAAUCUACACCCUCCGGGAACCUGGGAUCCUGGAACAACAGAUUACGGUGCCUGUUACAUCACCUGAACAAUUAGAGAAAUUAGAGUUCACCUUGAAGAAUGACGUGCUAAAGUCCCAGAAGUGGCUGGAGGUGUAUCUGGAACAGGAGAAGCAGAUGAAGAUGUUUAAGAGUUGCCUGACCACACAGGAGAUACUUAAUCAGCACAAGAGCACAUGCCAGGGGCUGGUGUACAAACGAAUCCCAAUCCCAGACUUCUGUGCUCCCAAGGAGCAGGAUGUAGAUCGGCUGUUGGAUGCAAUGAAGAGUGCGCUAGCUGAGGACUCUCACACGGCCUUUGUGUUCAACUGCCAUAGUGGCAGAGGGAGAACCACCACAGCCAUGGUUAUUGCUGUCCUCACGCUCUGGCAUUUCAAUGGCAUCCCUGAGAUGAGUGAGGAUGAAAUUGUGAGUGUGCCCGAUGCCAAGUACACCAAAGGGGAAUUUGAGGUGGUGAUGAAGGUGGUGCAGCUUUUACCAGAGGGGCACAGAAUGAAGAAGGAGGUAGAUAUGGCACUGGAUACCGUGAGUGAGACCAUGACACCUAUGCAUUAUCACCUGAGAGAAAUCAUCAUAUGCACCUACAGACAGGGGAAAACAGCCAAGGACGAGAAGGAAAUGCGGACGUUGCAACUGAGGAGCCUACAGUAUUUGGAACGAUACAUCUAUCUGAUCCUGUUCAAUGCCUACCUGCAUCUGGAGAAGAAGGACUCUUGGCAGAGGCCAUUCAGUGUCUGGAUGCGUGAGGUGGCAGCCAAGGCUGGAGUUUACGAGAUCCUGAAUCAGCUGGGGUUUGCUGAGUUUGAGAACCUAGAAGACAAGUCUCUCUCCAACCUCCGCUAUCGCUGGCAGGAACAGAGCCGUAGCCAACUUCCAUUCCGAGGGGAGUUCGUUUAG